AUGCCCCUGGCUGUGCCCUCAGCCCCCCAGCACCCCCCCCAGCGCUGGCUGGCCCAGAGCAGGGGGUCCCCCGAGGCUUGCGUGCUGGUGGUGGUGUUCGUGGGCACUGCUUGCUGCGACAACAUGCUGCUGACCGUCGUGGUGCCCAUCGUGCCCACCUUCCUCUACACCACCGAGUACCAAGGUGCCAACAGCUCCAUGGCCACAGCCCAGCCCGAGCCAGCUCCUCCAGCCCUGAAGGCUCCUCCUUUCUCCUCCUUGUUCUCCUACUUUGCCAACACCACGGUGCCUGUCUGGGGCUCUGACAGCCCCCCAGAGGUGCCCAGUGGGACGGAGAGCAGCCUCCCAGCACGGCCCCCCAGCAGCCCCCCUGCACCCCCGAGGGGCUGCCCCGAGGGGGACGACUUCCUCACCAGGGAGAACGUCCGUGUGGGGCUGCUCUUUGCCUCCAAGGCUCUGGUCCAGCUGCUGGUCAACCCCUGCGUGGGCCUCCUGACCAACAGGAUAGGAUACCACAUCCCCAUGUUCGUGGGGUUCUCCAUCAUGUUCCUCUCCACAGUCAUGUUUGCUUUCUCAGGCACCUACACCCUGCUGUUCAUCGCCCGGGCCCUCCAAGGCGUGGGCUCCUCCUUCUCAUCAGUGGCAGGGCUGGGAAUGCUGGCCAGCGUGUACACAGACGACUCUGAGAGGGGCAGUGCCAUGGGCAUCGCCCUGGGAGGCCUGGCCUUGGGCGUGCUGAUCGGGGCGCCCUUCGGGAGCGUCAUGUACGAAUUCGCCGGGAAAUCCUCUCCCUUCCUGGUGCUGGCAUUCCUCGCCCUCUUGGAUGGAGCCCUGCAGCUGUGCAUCCUGCAGCCCUCCAGGAUCUGCCCGGAGAGCACCAAGGCCACCCCAAUGUCCACCCUGCUGCGGGACCCCUACAUCCUGGUGGCUGCAGGAGCCCUCUGCUUCUCCAACAUGGGGGUGGCCAUGCUGGAGCCCACCCUGCCCAUCUGGAUGAUGCAGACCAUGUGCUCCCCGCAGUGGCAGCUCG